AAGCGCAUGCGCAAUGUGUUAUCUUAAGUUUACAGACGGCACUAUUUUGCUAACUAGCUAGUUUUGGUUUGUUUUGUAUCGUCCGGUAGAUUAUGAUAUAGUUUGCAUGCUUUAGAACAGUUUAGUCCAUGUACUGCCAAAGUCUGCGUCAUGGUUUUAUGAGAAUAGCGUUAUUUACACUCUCUGAAAGCAACUGUAGGGGAAGUGUGUGUGCUUCUUCGGCUACAGUAAAGUCUCCAAUCAGAGGAGUUUCUUUUAUAAACAAGAUGCCCAAGAAAGAAAAAACGAGCAAAAACACUCAGAUGAAGAAGCAGUCAGAGACGCCGACUGGUCCAGUUUCGACGCUUAAAGACGGCGGACUUGCAAUAGCAGUACACGCCAAGCCUGGAGCAAAGCAAAAUGCCGUGACAGAUGUGAGCUCGGAGGCAGUGGGGGUCGCUAUUGCUGCACCUCCCACAGACGGCGAGGCUAACGCAGAGCUGGUGCGCUAUCUGUGCAAAGUGCUGGCGCUGAAGAAGAGUGAAGUCAUGCUGGAUAAGGGCAGUAAAUCCAGAGAAAAAGUCAUUAAAGUCACUGCAUCGAUUAGCCAAGAGGAGGUUCUGGAGAGACUAAAGCGAGAGGCUGCUGGCUGAAGCUCAGCACUAAAGCAAGAGUUCUCAGACCUUUUGUACUGAAGGACAUCUUUUACUAUAAAAUAAAUUCCACUGACCCCCUCAGGACUACAGAGCCCCUAAGGGGACAUGGUGAUGGAAAAAAAAAAAAAGAGAUGGGAGGAACAGUUAUAUUUCAAUGCUUUUGUGUUCCCCCAAGAAACUUUGCAUUCUCUCACAAAGACAUUUGCGUUCUCUUGCAAAAGCAAAUAACUUUGCGAGAGAAUGCAAAUAUCUUUGCGAGAGAACACAAAGUUGCUUGGGGGGAGCGCAAAAGCAUUGAAAUAUAACUUUUCCUCCCAUCUCAUAUUUUUUCCAUCACCAUGUCCCCUUAAGGGCUCCGUACAGGACAGAUUUAUUUCAUGAAUAUAAUUUAAAUGUGUAUACUAAUAUUUUGUCUAUUUAUUAGACCUUUCGAUUCCUGAAAUUUCCACUGACAGGACACAUUAGGUCUAAGUUGACAUUGUUUAUAGGCCGACUUGUUUUUGAGUUAUUGAGUUUGUAUUAAACUCAUUCAUAAUAAUAUAAUGUAAUACACCAUAUGACCAAAAGCUUUGUGGUCACCUGACAAUCACACGCAUAUGUGGUUCUCCCCCAAACUGUUGUCACAAAGUUGGAAGCAAACAAUUGUACAGAAUGUCUUUGUAUGUUGUAGCUUUACAGUUUCCCUUCACUGGGGAACUAAGCGGCCCAAACCUGUUCCAGCAUAUCAAUGCCCCUGUGCACACAGUGAGGUCCAUAGACAUGAUCUGACAAGGUUGGAGUGGAAGAACUCGAGUGUCCUAUGCAGAGUCCUGACCUCAAACCCACUGAACACCUUUGGGAUGAACUGGAACACUGACUGCACCCCAGACCUCCCAACAUUAGUACCUCACUAGUGCUCUUGUAGCUGAAUGGGCAAAUCCCCACACUCCAAAUCUUGUGGAAAUCCUUCCCAGAAGUGUGGUUAUUUUAAAAGCCAAGGAGAACUUGGCAUAUAUGGGUGUGAUGUUCAGGUGUCCACAAACUUUUAUCCAUAUACUGAACAUUUGAUAAUGGUGGCUUGUGAUUUCCACGACUGUAACUAAAUAAAAAAAUCGCUGACCGCCUGA